AUGGAAAAACACGAGACCUCAUAUCCGAGAAUCCAAAAGCAGGACAUUGCGAAUGAGAAAAAGGCGCAGGUUGUUCAUAAACCACAAUGGAGCGCCCUUCUCGAGCUCUUAUCCAAGCGCCUUGACAAGGCUGCGAUCGCAGUGAGAGAUAGUGGCCGAGAAAUGACUCCGGAGGAACACAAUGCCUACUACCGUGCCAUAUUCGACGAAGUACGAGGCGAGGCGGCAUCACGAGAUGACAUUCCAAACGCCAUCAUGGAGAAACCGGUCAAGGAGCUGACCCUAACAUUUUAUGGAAGAUGGAAUGACCCCGUGUGCCUUGGCUGUCUCGACUUCAACGAUACCAACGAUACAAUUCACGUCGAGAUUCAUGCCAAGGAGGGUGAACCUGACGGUGUCACCAAAGAUGAUCUCAUCCGCCGCAUUUGUGAGGUCAUCUAUGGAGGACUCCAUGUGUACAGAGAACCUAACAAAGAAGUUGGCAUCAUACUUAGCAACUUUGACUGGAUGGGUACGGCGAAGAUAUGCAAUUUAGUGGACAGUAUAUUGUACAUAGGUUAUAAGCCGGUAACUGAAGCUUCAUCGGUAAAGGGAGAGAAGGAUGGACUGGGGGGAAGGGGUGACGUUCUCAAAGAGAAGUAUGAAGUUACAUGGGAUCCCAAGGCAUUAGGACAUGGAGCCUCAGCAUACCAAGGUUACGACGAUGAUUACACGGAAAAGCUCAUGGCGUUGAAAGGUUGGGAUCCAGAGGAUUGGAACUUAGCUAUGACCUUCUAG